AUGGUUAGGCAAGUGGCCGUGAGAGGUGCAUACACUGAGCUGGAUGAACUUGAAAACUCUACCAAUGGCAAGGAUCGUAAGGAUAGCGAAUACGAUGAACGUGCAGACCACAUAAAGAGUACAAAGGAGAAGACUAUCGAUAAGAGGGAUGAGAUGAGUGGAGACGUGAAAAAUGGUAAAGAAUACGAGAGUGAGAAUGAUGAAGGAGAAGAAGAAGAAGAUGAUGAUGAUGAAGAGGACGAUGAAGAGGACGAUGAAGAGGACGAUGACGAUGAACCUCCUCUGUUAAAAUUUAGUAGGAUAACAAAACUUCCGAAAACAUUUAGAAGAGAUGCAAUAUCCACUUGUCUAUUUCAUGAAAAAAUAUUUGCAUUUGGGACUCAUGCUGGUGUGUUACAUUUAACUACAACUGAUUUUACUCCCUUACAGACUUUGAAAUGUCAUAGAUCUUCCAUACUCUCGAUCAAUACAAAUGGUACAUUCUUUGCCACGGCAUCUAUCGAUGGGACAGUAGCUAUUGGACAAAUUGAAGACACUACAAACAUUACUCUAUUUGAUUUCAAAAGACCGGUACAAGCGGUUGUUUUAGAUGUGGAUUAUAAAAGUUCCAAGACUUUUGUUUCUGGUGGUAUGGCAGGUGAAGUGAUUUUAUCCCAGAGGAAUUGGUUAGGUAGUAGAGUUGACAUAACAUUGUCUAAGGAUCAUGGGCAUAUUUUAGGAAUUUACACGAUUGACGAUGUCAUAUUUUGGAUGAACGAUGCCGGCAUUACGUUUUAUAGCAUUCACACGAGAACUCAACUUUUGAACGUUCCAUUCCCCUCUGAAGAUAGCAACACUCAACGACCAGGUCUAUACAGACCUCAAGUGCAUUGUCCCGAGACUGAUAGAAUAAUAGUUGGCUGGGCCAACCAUGUUUGGAUGUUCAAAGUAUCGUUAAGACGAGCUGGUGAGCAUGGCAACAAUUUAGGGGCUAUAAUAUCAAGUGCAGCCUCCAGUUUAAGGGCUCAGCCAGAUAAAAAAGUGGAAUUGGAGCAUUAUUUCACUAUAAAAAUGCUCAUAGCAGGUAUAUCGUCUUUCAAAGAUGAUCAACUGAUGUGUCUUGGGUUCGAAGAUGCUGUUGGGCAAGGCGUUCCUACGUCUAACAUACCACAGAUUUCCAUAAUAGAUGUGUUCACCGGUGAAGACACACAUACUGAUGAGAUUGUAUUAAAGAAUUACGAAAAACACUCACUCAAUGAAUAUCAUUUGGGGAAAUAUAUCGGUGAAUCCUCUCCUGAAUACUUCUUAGUGGCACCCAAUGACGCUAUAUGUAUACAAGGGCUUUCGUUCAAAGAUCAUUAUGAUUGGUUUAUGAAAAAAGGUAACUUCAUGAGAGCUUGGGAAAUUGGAAAAUACGUUGUGGAUGAUCAUGAGAGAUUAGAAACAGGAUUGAAAUUUAUUAAUGAACUCAUUAGUUCUAACCGAAUUGAAGAUAGUGUGUCGGCUUUAACACUGACUAUUGCUGAUACCAAUAUCAGUAACGAUGAGGAAUUCAAAAAUUUUGCAUUAAAUAAAUGGAGAGAAGCAUUUCUGAGAAUAAUAGACCUCGGUGGAAUAGAUACAGUAGCCAAAAAUAUUCCUUUGGACCCUCAACUAGACAAUCAGGUUUAUGAUUCUGUGUUAGAACAUUUAUUAAAAGACUGUCAGUUAAAGGAAUUUAUAAACUAUAUUCAAAUUUGGCCUCUACACCACUUUUCUGUACAUUGCUUUGAAAAGGAGCUUGAAGAACUUAUUGAAAGGCAUGAUGAUCAUGAAAAUUCCUAUAGGGAUGCUAUCAUUUACUUAUAUCUGGAGGAAAAAAGAUUCUUCAAGGCCAUGCCGCAUAUGUUGAGAAGGAGAGAUAUGAGAGCUCUAACGGUUUUACUCAAUCAUAAUUUCUUAGCCCAAUACAAGGAUAAUCUUUUGGAUAUUGUACUGUUACCGUAUCAUGGAAAAAUUGAGGAUUUGAGUAAGCUACCAAUUGGUGAAAUUGAGCAAUUGUUUUCUAUGUCUCUUGAACUCUUGGUUCAAAACAGACAGAGUCUACAAGUUCAACAAGUGAUAAAUUUACUAUCCAAUCCAAAAGAAUUAAGGGUUUUACUAUUUCUAUACUUGAAAAAACUAUCAUCAGUGGAUCCUCUUCUAACGGCUCUCUUUGAAACCGAUAUGGUGGAAUUAUAUUCAGAGUUUGAAAGAUCGGGAUUAUUACGGUUUCUAAAGACAAAGACAAAUUAUGAUGUUGAGAAAGCCAUUGAAAUAUGUUGCCAAAAUAAUGACGCCUACAAUGAACUAAUUUAUCUUUGGAGUAAAGUCGGUGAAACAAAAAGGGCCCUUUCACUCAUCAUCGAUGAAUUAAAUGACCCAAAACUUGCCAUUGAUUUCGUAAAGAAUUUAGGUGAUCCAGAACUUUAUGAUUUCAUGGUCAGCUAUAGCAUGGAUAAGCCGAAAUUUGUUAAAGCUUUAUUGGGUUCGCCAGAUGAAUUUGGUAAGACUUACCUCGAAGUCAUAAAGGGAAUGCCCGAAACCAUGGAAAUCGAUGACUUACACAAAACUUUGAUCAGAAUUGCGAAAGAGAAUGCUCUGAGUUCAACUGUUAGUAAAAGUAUUUUCAAAAUAAUAGAUGAUGAAACAACUGAAUAUGCCAUAGAACUUCUAAACAUUAGAAGUCAAGGAAAGGCAUUCUAUGUUGAAGAUGAUGAAUGA